GGCGGGUCAUGCCUUCGCCAUUUUGGGAAAAAAAUAAAUAAACGUCGCCUCCUUGUUGUGAUAGCCGAGAGUUGUCUCAUAGCAAUGACGUAACAGAGAGAGCACGUUUGUACGAGUACAUGAGGAUAUCAACACCAACUAACAGCUCGAACAAGGUAACAUGGCGAAGAAUAAACAAAAAGGAAAAAGACAGAAGAACGUCUUUCAAGUUGCAAACAAGCAGCUGAAGCCCAAGAACAAAGCGAAGCCUGUCACAACAACACUCAAACACAUCAAUGCGGUUAAAAAUGAGAAGGUGGAAAACCUCAAUCAAGUCUUCACAGAAGUCCAGAGGGAUGUUAAGAGCGUUUCAAAGUCUGUUGCUCCUGAACCAAAGAAACAAACUCAGGUUGUCAGAGAGCCACCAAAGGAAGCCGUUAAUGUUGACAAUGCUGCUCAGCUCUUCUCUCAGCUAUAAUGGAUCAUGAAAGUGAACUGUCAUAAAGUCUGAGGACAAACACAAUGGCCAGCUGUUGAAGAUAUGAAAGUCUUUAUACUCUCAAUGCA